AUUAGGACAUUAUGCAGGGCGAAGAAGAUCGCGGCUAUCGGCGAAACCCAAAAAAAAUUGUCAAAGAGAGUACCUCCUUCAUGAAAAGCUGACAUAUCAAUCCAGAAUUUGGCGCCGCUUGCUAUAGCCCUUGACUCACUCGAAGUCUAUGAAAAAGAGCAGGUGGAACCGCGUGAACUCUGGAGCCAAGUGAAGAGUAAGGGGCAUUUCCCCGUUUUUAGCUUCAACCCAGAAAUUUCCCACGAAGAAAACAAAGGUACUAAGGUGAGGUGAGGCCGCCCCUGGCCAGCGCAUAUAAGUGGAUGAGGAUCUCGAAGCUACUCCUUCCGCUGUUUAUGUUUCUGAAGACCUCUAGGCGUGACUUUUCGUCAAUUCAGGCCAUCGAUCGGCACUCCCCAUUUCCUCAUUCCCCACGAGUCAUUUGGCCUGAGUCGCAACAAACAGCUGCCCUUGACCUCCGAGGACAAAAAAGUAUUUCUUUUCUCGGGCGACGCGGGCUUAUUACAGCCUGAGCCUCUGAGUUCCCCAAAAUGCGCCACUGGCAUGGUUACUUCAUUUCACAGGGGACCUGGGACUCGGAUGAUUCGGCUACUUCCCGAUUCCCCGCUUCUUUCGUAACCCUUCCACGCCGGGCCGGGGCCUACUAGCUUGUACUUGAACCACGAACAACUCCAACCCUACUAGCAGUACCACGGUAAGGUACCAGAUUGUACCGCAGGUAUCCGCGGUGCCGCAGGGUGUUCUAUUUUUUUUUUAAGCCUGACUCAUCAUAGAUCAUAUGAGUUGCAAAACACACUCCUUAAAAGAUGGCCCACCCGUAAUUUGAUCGGAAUCUCAAAUGGCGAUAACAUCUGGCUAUAAUAAUGCGUGUGGGUGCUGGCUGAAAUCUUUGGCUUUCGCAAGGUCUGUAAGUAUGUUGCCAGUCCUAUGGCUUGCCACCGUAGAGGCCGCGGAUACUCAAGCGACACUCGGGCCCAAUCACCGACGUCACUCGGGAAAGACCGAAUCAAAUCUCAAAUUUAAACAUUACAAGAGCGCCUUGUCAAGGGAAUGGAUACAAUCGGUCACUAUUCCUUAUACCAAACGCAAUUUUGCCCACUACAAGAGAUAUAGGUAGUUCUGGCAAAUGAGCUAUCCACUCGCUCAUUGUCUACGCAAGAGCGAGGUGUCAUCUAUUCGGCUGUCGGUCUGGAAGCUAUACAAAAAGCAUGCAAGUCAGGUCGGUCUGUCCGUCUUAGAAACUCGCAAGCAGAAUUCGGGCUGCUACUAGUGACUGACUCAAGAGGCAAGUCACAGACAGUACAGUGGUCAUCGCUAGUCUUUGACAGUGUUGUGGAAACCGGUCAACCCACUUAUUUGCGUUGGGAGGAGUCAAAUAGAGAUGAAGUAACUACCCGCAAGACGCAAUGGUCACGCAAAUUUUACGAGGGAGAAUGUGGGCCAGAGGAUGGUACCUGCAUGCUAGACUGGAAAAAUGAACAUGAAAGCAGGCCAAUGGUGGUUAAACGGCACAUGCACACCCUCAAGAUACGGGCAAUGAUGAUUGGCCUCCACAUCUACCAUAAAAUCUUGUUUCUUGAUGUAGAAACAAUUGUCUGUGAGUCUUUGCAUAGUCUUUUUAGGACAGUUGACUCCCAGGGGCCGCAAGUGGCCUUUGUUCCAGUGUCUAAGGGUCACUUUUACGGUGGUGACAUAGUUGCUAGGGUAUUUGAUAUACCAACAGACUUUCCGGAGGUGAGAGUCGAAACUAUGGUUUUUCAACCAGCAGUGUGAUUUUGGUCAAAUAUAUAAUAUAUUAACAGCACAUAAUGCUGUAGGUCAUGCGAAAUGGAUCAGCAACACAUCGACUCUUGGCUAACUGGAAUUUAGCAUUGUACUUUCUUUCACGGCAUGAUUUGCUGCUAGGCCAACAUGCAUUUAGAGCCUCCCUGUUUCAUUCUGGCGUUAGUUACAGUAAGCUGCCAGUCUCAUCGAGCUGUUUUGUGGAUGUGGACGAGCAGCAAACCAGGCUAGCACUGUUGUCAGCAUGUCCUAACAUAGUCAAGGACGUUGCGGAUCAAGCAUCGACGUAUAGUGCCAUACGUGACUGCGUGGUUUUGCAUUCUCGAGAACUUUCUGGCCAGAGUACCCAAGGCCCUAUUGGCUUGCCGAACUUUUUCAGCAACCGAGGUGGGCAGUUAGUGAAGAAUGAUAGCACACAACCAGAGAACAACAUAAUAAAAGACCUUUCUGGAAUUAACUUACCAAAAACAAGAGCGACGAGAGCGAAAGACUUGGAACCUGAUGAUGCCAUCUACCGGAAUGCGCCUACCAUAUUUCUUCAUAUUCCAAAAGCUGCUGGGAACUCAGUGAAAAAACUCUUUGUGAAAGGUUUUCUUCUAAAGCAACGUAACAGUCAGCAUCCGGGAGCAAAAGUCAAGAUGCAAUCUCUGCACAUAGACACACGGCGAGAUUGGGACGUAAAAAAACAGGCGAAACAUCCUUAUGGGGUUCUCUUUGGUGCAUUUGCAUUUGGCGCCUGUGCUAGCCACCCUCAAGCCCCCUGUGCAUAUUAUGUGGCAUGUAACCCGCGCGACAAUAUGUUUCACUCCUACGUAGCCCUCAUCAUCCCAGGUCCUUCGCGAGCCUGUUGCUCGAAUCCUGUCCGAGCACAAGUAUUGCCAUGCUGUGAGUUUUGAGGAUCAAUGUUGUGCCGGAUCUCGUGGAGCAGUAUACAUGCGCACAUUGAACAUUGCCCAGUGGGCUGAAGAGAAAGGAAAUUUUAUGCUUGAGCACUUUCUUCAACUCGUGCCUGAGGACUGGUACCAAAUGAGUACAAAUUAUUAUGUGCCCUGGCGCCAGCGUGACCGUGAGACACGCAUCAACCCAAUCGAAAACCGCCGCGUGAGAGAGGGCCCUGCUAAUGUCGCAGAUCUACGGUUUGUUGAGGAACAUUUGGAGGAAUGGUUUGCUGUCAUUGGUAUUACUGAGCGCUUUGAAGAAUCCAUGAUGCUCUUUGCAUUUGCUUUGGCUGGUAAGUCCAUACCUAAGAACAUGGCGGCAGUCCACACCCAUAAUCAGAACACAUCUGCAUCUGGUGUUGAUGCAAGCAAAAUAGAGCGCCUCAAUGCUGCUGUCACGCUUGACACGAGCCUAUAUCGUACUGCAUUUUCCCUCUUUGAGAAACAACUCGCGCAGCUCAAAAAGUACGUCUAG